AUGCACCUGAGAGGAAACAUGCUUUUGGAAACCAUCGAUAGUUCAAAAACGGUGUCGGAUGAGAAAAAGGCUAAAGCCAUGAUAUUUUUAGGACACCACAUCCAUGAUGGUUUAAAGGAUGAAUAUAUUACGAAAGAGGAUCCUUGUGACAUCUGGAAAUCUUUAAAAGAGAGGUUUGAUCACCAGAAAUAUGUGAUCUUACCGAAAGCUAAACACGAGUGGAUCCAUCUCCGGUUCCAGGAUUACAAAAGUGUUAGUGAGUUUAAUUCCGCGAUGUUCGGAAUUACUUCGAGGAUGAUGUUAUGUGGAGAGAAAAUAAGUGAUUAUGAUAUGAUCGAGAAAACUCUCUCCACGUUUCAUCCUGAAAAUGUAAUCCUGCAGCAACAAUACCGACGGAAUAAUCAACUCGUGACUUUAAACCAUCAAGCUCGUCCCACUGGAUCUGCUCCAUUCCCUGAAGCGAAUGUUGCAUCAUCCAGUUAUGAUAAUAGAAGAGGACGAGGUCGUGGACGAGGUGGAAACCGUUAUCAUGGUCGUGGAAGAGGACGAGGAAGAAGAUUUCGUUCCUAUGAUGAAAGAAAUAAUAAAGACUUCCACAAAAAUGAAAAGAAUGAAAAGGGCCAGGAUGAUAAAAGGCAAACGGGAAAGGUUUGCUACAGAUGCGGCAUGAAAGGUCAUUGGGUACGUACCAGUCGUACACCAAAACAUUUAGCCGAUCUGUAUAGAGAAUCCCAAAAGGGAAAAGAGAAAGGAAGAGGUGAAACUAAUUUCAUCUCUGAUGAACCUGGGCCAUCCUUUCAUGGUUUAAACGAUGAUACUCAUCUCGACGUAUCAGACUUUCUGGUUGAGCCAGAGAGUAUCGAUGAGUGA